CUUGAGAAUGCUCAAGUGAAUUUGGCAGGACUUACCCUCGAGGAAGCUGAUUGGGUGGGUAAGAGUUGUGGUGGACUAUAUUACUUGGAGACUCCUAACAAUAAGCGGGUGGCAAUGGCAAUCUCCUCAAAGUAUGAAGUUUGGCAUCAACGUCUAGGGCAUGCAUUUGACAAUAGGCUUCGUCACAUUGAAGCCUUGCAAAGUUUCAAGAGAAUUCACAUCGUCUUUACGGAUACUAUGCGUCGAUUCAGGGCACUUGCUCAACCGCAAAAAACUUCCCACAUUGGUUACAUAUUACAGGAGAGUAGGCAAUGACAUGGGCCAGAUGCAUCUCUUCCGCUUACUCCCCGCCACCAUUCCGCCCUUUCAAGGGAAACAACAAGAGGCUUAGAGAGACUUUGCACUAAUGGCAGACUGUCUUUGGCGAAAGUUUAUGAUAUUUUGAGGAAGAAAGGUGUGAGAGAACCUGGAUGCCGUUCAUUUGGAGACCAUUUCAUCCCACCUAUAUACUCUUUCAUCACGUGGCUCUUUAAUCAUGUGGCUGGUGUUUAGGAACACACUAGCUACUCUGGACAACCUGGAGUAUUUGGAAUCUUGGAAAUAUUUGUUUUCUUUGUUUGCUUUGCUUGCCCUUAUUCUGCAGGUAUUUGGCCGGACAUUCGUAAAUGGCUGGGCAUUCGAAGAUAUGAAUACUUUAUCAAGCUCGAUUAAGUGGAUUAGAAAGGAGCACCGUGGAGUUCAGAUUAGCAACAAAUCAAUAUGUAUAGCCUUUUGUUGCGCCAUAUAUACGAUCCGGAGAUCCCGUAACUUAGCAUACUUUGAUCAUCUUCUCUUCCAACCCCAGGAGGUUUUAGCUAAAAUCAAGAUGGUAGUUUAUAGAAACCUGGUUAGCCUAUAUCCUACAUUCCUACCACUGUAGUUGUUUUUAGAAUCUGUUUUUGGAGGAUUUUUCUUUGGUCUGGGCUUGUUGUGUUCUAGCUUUUUGGUUUGGUAUCUGAUUAGGGAAGGUUGUGGCAUGGUUAGGCAGGUUCUUUUGAUUAAAGUGAGGGGCCUGUCCCUUGCUGUUUGGUUUGUGGCUGCCAUAUGUGGGUAAGGCAAUGAUUCUACCUUAUGCCCGCAGUUUGUUGUUUUGUUUUUCUUUGAGCAGGGGUAUGCCCCGGUGGUCUUGAGGAUUAUACAAUUUUGGAUGAGUCAACAUGUACAGUUUACC